GGAGACCCCUCAGGCUCCAGACAGUCAGAGCCCCGCCCCAGGUGGAGAGGAGGGGCCAGGUGGGCGGGGCCCUAGGAGAGCGAGUCUGCGCUGCUCUAGUGAUGGGCUGCAGUCCCUGGGCUCAACUUCCGCCAGAGCUUCCCCUUCUGCCCUCCCUGAUCAGCACAGCACGAGGGGAGAAGGAGCCUCUAGCAGGUCCCAGUGCCUCCCAAGGCCGAGAUGCUACUCCUGCCGCCACUGCUGUCCUUGUUGUUGGGUGGGUCCCAGGCUCAGCUAGAGAAGUACUGGCUGCAGGUGCAGGAGUCGGUGUCGGUGCAGGAGGGCCUGUGUGUGCUGGUGUCCUGCUCCUUCUCCUACCCCAGGGACGACCCCAGAACUGCUUCUAACCCGGCUUAUGGAUACUGGUUCGAAGAAGGGACCAACACGAACAAGGGGGAUCCAGUGGCCACAAACAACCCACAUCGAAGGGUGCAAUCUAGGACCCAAGGCCGAUUCCAGCUCAUGGGGGACCCCAACAGAGAUGACUGCUCCCUGAUGAUCAAAGACGCACACAGAUGGGACAGGGCGGCCUACUUCUUCCGCGUGGAGAGAGGACCCAUAGUGAAAUUUAAUUUCCAGAAAAAGUUCUCUCUGGAAGUGAUAGACCUAACUCAGAAGCCAGACGUCUUCAUUCCCGAGACCCUGGAGCCCGGGCAGCCUGUGAGCGUUCUCUGUGUGUUUAACCAAGCGUUUGAGCAAUGCCCGGCCCCUUCUUUCUCCUGGACCACGGCUGCCAUCCCCUCCCAAAGAACAAGGCCACCAACCUCCCACUCCUCAGUGCUCAGCCUCACCCCACAGCCCCAGGACCACGGCACUACGCUUACCUGUCGAGUGGACUUCGGCAGACAAGGCGUCAGCACACACAGGACCGUCCAACUGAGUGUGGCCUAUGCCCCUCAAGAACCUGUCAUCCGAGUUCUCCACAACAAUGCAUCCGCCCCAGUGGCCCAGGGAAAAUUCUCACAUCUGGAAGUCCAGAAAGGCCAGUUCCUGCGGCUCCUCUGUGCUGCUGACAGCCAUCCCCCGGCCACUCUGAGCUGGGUCCUGGAGGAUAGAGUCCUCUCCUGGUCCUUCCCCUUGGGCCCCAGAACCCUGGAGCUGCAGCUGCCCGUGGUGAAGCCUGGAGAUUCGGGGCUCUACACCUGCCGAGCAGAGAACAGGCUGGGCUCCCAACAGGGCACCCUGGACCUCUCUGUGCAGUAUCCUCCAGAGGACCUGAGGGUGACGGUUUCCCAAGAAAAUAGGACAGUCACGGAAGUCAUCAGGAAUGGCACGUCCUUCCCAGUCCUGGAGGGCCAAAGCCUGCGCCUGGUCUGUGUCACCCACAGCAACCCCCCAGCCAGGCUGAGCUGGACCUGGGGGACGCAGGCCCUGAGCCCUGAGUGGCUUUCCGACGCUGGGGUCCUGGAGCUGCCCCGGGUGCAGACAGAGCAUGGAGGAGAGUUCACCUGCCAUGCCCGCAGCCCCCUGGGCUCCCAGAACCUCUCCCUGAGCCUCUCUGUGCACUACCCCCCACGGCUGCUGGGACCCUCCUGCUCCUGGGAGGCCCAGGCUCUGCUCUGCAGCUGCUCCUCCCGGGCCUGGCCGGCCCCCGCCCUGCACUGGCGGCUGGGGGAGGGGCUGCUGGAGGGGAACAGCAGCAAUGCCUCCCUCGGGGUCACCUCCAGCUCCGCGGGGCCCUGGGCCAACAGCUCCCUGAGCCUCCACGAGGCGCUCAGCUCCGACCUCAGGCUGAGCUGUGAGGCCCAGAACGCCCAUGGCACCCAGAGCGCCACCGUCCUGCUGCUGCCAGGCGAGGCGUCUGUCCCCACUGCGUUCUCCCGCGGAGUGUUUCUGGGAAUCGGCGUCACCACGGUCCUCUCCCUCUGCAUCAUCCUGGCCAUUGUGAAGACUCUGAGGAAGGCGCCACCCCAGACGGGGGCCAGGCCCAAGGUGUCCCGCAGCAGCACCAUCCUGGAGUACAUCAACGUGGUCCCCAAGGCCGCCCGCAGGGCUCAGGAUCAGAAGGCCACGCCAAGCAGCCCUUCUUGGACCCCCUCUCCAGGCACUCACUCCCCAGAACCAAAGAAGAAUCCAGAGGAGCUGUAUUCUGUUCCCCUCAGUUGCUCAAAACCCAGAUCGUCCACCCAAGCUCUGGACCCCAAGAAUGACCCCGAGGAGCUCCACUAUGCUACUCUCACCUUCCCGGGCCACAGACCGUGGGCCACCCAGAUGCCCAAAGACACCCACACAGAUUACGAGGAAAUCAAGUUCCACUGAGGGCUGUUGGGCUUUAGGGUUAGGACCUCAACCGGGGAGAAAGGCAGGCAAUAAAGAGGCUCAAGGAA